AUGAUUAUUUCUUCACAUCCGCGCUCUCCACGAUCCGACAUGCAUUCUCGAAAGCCGACACAUCUUUCCAUAUCAUCUACAUCCUCACUAUCCCCACGACUUGGCGUCCCAUUGAACCGACCUCUUCUCUCCCCCAGAACGCCUAGUUCUCCGAGCUUACCAUCUCUAAUCCCAAGGCACGGCAAAAGAACACCGCUUCGAUCUAGCAGACUAGUAUGGAAGCUUCUAUUUCCACUCCUCGGAAUCAUACUCGUUCUAUGGGGUGCGCUUCACAUCCUCGCAUAUGGUCCGAGACUCUUCUCCCAAUCUCCCCCCCAAGGAUCGAAUACAUUACCACAACUACGGCCACCAAGACCUCGGCCGGGAGAAGCAGGCUAUGAGAUUGUUGGGGAGGAUGCACCUCCGGACUAUCCUACAGCUCUCAUAGUUCAUGACAAGGCUGGGAGACCGAGUUGGACAAUUAGUAUCCCUGAGCAGUACGAUUUUCCCUUGGAGCAAAACUGGUAUCAUGAAUUGUGCGAGCAGGCGCAUGACAUGCCGCAUCACCUAUCGAGGGUCGCGAAGGGCAGAGUGGAUCACGAGCCGGGACAGCCUGACAAACCCGAGCGAGGCCUUACUGGUAUGAUGAAGCUUCGAAAAAAGAGACACGGGUACUAUCAAACGGACAAAUUCUUCAUAGAUAUCGAUGAAGCUGAAAGAGAGGGACUGCUACCACAGGUGGGGGAGGCUCAGGAAGCUUUGGUCGAAGAUGAAGGUUCGGAGAAUUUGAAAGUGUGCAAGCGGAGCCUUACAUACGUCCUGGAGAGCACCGAUGCCGGGUUUGGCAAGGCACUCAUGGGCCUCUGGAUGGCAUAUGGUCUUGCGGAGAAGGAAAAGAGAGCUUUCUUCGUAGAUGACACCAGGUGGGCGUAUGGAAAUUAUACGACCUACUUCCAGGAUCCCCCGCCGCCAUCUUGCCUUCCACCGCCGUCACACCAUCGACUUCCUUGCCCGUACUCCGCUCGCCACAAAGUCAUUUCUUCUGCCACGCAUUCCUUCGCUUUUGGCCAUCACUUUAUUGAAGCGUUUGAGGAUCCGAAAGGAAUGGGGACAGCGCGACAAAAGAACAUUUUUGCGCUUGCCCGAAGAGGGUAUGAGGCGCUUUUCAAACUUGCCGAUGAAGGAGACCAGAAAUAUGCAGACCAGCGGGUAAAGCAGCUCGUCGACCAGACAAGAAAAGAGGGCGGCAUGGCUGUAGGAAUGCAUAUCCGAAGAGGCGACCGACAUCCGUACGAGUCACAGUACCGAGACGAUUACUUACCUUUGACGAGAUAUACGGACGAGGGAAGGGAGGCUGUCUUUCGAGCGACGCACGGUAAACGGCAUGGCGCUCCUGGCUUGUCGGAAAGCAAGUUGAUUCUUGCCUCGGACGAUCCGGACAUUUUCUUCGAGCCAGAGGUGUCACGCGCAACACGUGCGCAAGACCGGAUUAUUCUUGGCUCAAAGAUUCAGAUGGAAGCCGCCCGAGCAAAGGCGGCUGCUGAAGCGGCUGCAGCAAAUCGUGGCAAGCCUGCGACUCCAAUCAAGCGUUGGGUCGACGAUAUGCUGGGUUGGGAAGGAGGGUUCUACGCCGAUGUGUUCUGGUCGCUCGACGACCCUUCAAAGUUGGCUUCCAACAAUGGUGGCCAUUCAGACGUCAACUCGCCCGGCUCCAGUCUAUCAAACGCCGGGAUUUCGGACUACAUCCCACCGAGCCAGGAGACAUUGCAGCUGCGAGAGAUGCUCGCCAGGAGCUACCUGCUUGAUCUCAGCAUUCUCAGCAAGUGCGACGCGGUGGUCUGCGCGGUCAGCUCUGCAGGAUGCAGGCUCCUCGGUGUCAUGGUCGGUUGGGAGGGCAUGCUUGGCAAGGAGGGACUCGGCUGGGACGGACACGUUUGGAGGAACGUUGAUGCAGGAAUCCCGGACUGGAGGGGUAUUGUGUGGUAAAGGAGAAUAGGGCUGUGCCCGCGUGAUGAUUCAAUGACUUGGCAUAUUUGCAUAUAGGAGGCGUCUUCCUUGUGGAAGUGGGAGUUGGCUUGGAUUUGAUAUUGAGCACGACGGCAUAGCCGUUGCUAAAGAGUGUUUGGCGUUGGGCAUAUCGCAUGAUAUGCCUAGGAAAUGGAAAUCGAUUCUAUUAGACUUGCAUUGUUUAUGAUCGGUGGCAACGGUGGAUAUCAGACAAGCUUUACGACUGACAGGGUCUUGUGAAG